UGUCUUUUCAAGCAAAGGUCCCAUUUCCACUGUUUCCACAUUUCUAUCUUUACCUUAGCUUGAGUGGGCUUCCUCCUAACGCACUUUGUCUCCCCUGUUUUUCCUCCCUCAAACCCCUCGCCGAUUUGACCCUCCCGCCGGAGAUCGUCAAUAAUGGCUUCCACGCUGCUGAUCGUCGCCGUGUUCGUCCUCGAUCUCAUCGCCUUCUCUCUCGCCGUCGCCGCCGAACGGAGGCGCAACACCGGGAGGGUGGAGGCGGAUGUGAACAACAACGGGUACUGCGUUUACGAGUCGGAUAUAGCGACCGGGUUAGGCGCCGGCGCUUUGGUGAUGCUGCUGGCGAGUCAACUUUUGGUAAUGGCGGUGACUAAGUGCUUGUGCUGCGGGAGAGCUAUGAGGCCCAGCAAGUCCAGGUCGUUGGCCAUUUUCCUCUUCGUCUCCACCUGGGUGUUCUUCAUCAUCGCGGAGGUGUGCCUCUUGGCUGCCGCAAUCCGCAACGCCAAGCACACGGGAUAUCUGACCGACUCCUUCUCUUGCAAGGCGUUGAGGAAAGGGAUUUUUGGCGCCGGAGCUGCUUUCAUUCUUUUCACCGGGAUCGCGUCGGAGUUCUACUACAUCCACCAUUCCAAGGCUAGCGACGGCAUGCCUUCCCUCGCCGGAGACGCCGGCGUCACCAUGGGACGGCUGUAGUAAAAAUUAAAAAAAAUACUCAUAACUCAUGUGAUCUUGGAGAAGAGGGCGAGGUGAGGUUUGAUUUCCAGACCUUGUACAAAGAGAUACAUUCUUUACAGGAUUUGCAGUCGGCAAAUUGUUUGUUGAUAGAAAACUUGGAUUGUCGUCCCUGAAACUGAAGUUAGCUUAUCUAUGAAUGCAAUGAGGUUGGUCUCUUUCAGCUGAAUCUCCCUAAUCCCCAGGCAGAAAGUGUUUCGUCGAACAAGAAGUUUUGUAUCCAUUGUUCAGUUCCAAACAAGGAGUUGCUAACACAUAGACUUGUGAGUCGUCAGACUAUAUGCGGGAAGCGUCUUACAUCAGAUGUGACGGUUCGCAACUCCUGGUAGCACCAUAGUCAAAUUGGUUCGUUUCAAG